GGUAAAAUCACGGAAAAAUAACAGUCCUAGUAGGUUAGAACAUGGAGGAAGGAAAGAAGAAAUACUAAUUUUGAAGUUGUGUUGGAGCAUUACGCGAACGAAGCUGGCCUACAAAUUAAUCACGUGAUCUGACCUCAAAAUGGCGUCAACCGCGGGAAGUUUGGUCAGUGGAUUGUCUACUGCUUAAUUUGUUGUUUAGGACAAACUAUUUUAAUGCACGAUUUUCUUCUUUUUAUUUAUUAUCUGCAGUCUUAAAAAACGAUGAACCAUUAGUGACUUAAAAUGGCGAGUAUUGAUGAUGAUAUAAAUGAAGAAUGGAGCGACGACGAAGUGGAAAUGACAGCAGCAGAUGUGUUACAGAAACUAGAAGAGGCGUGGUUGAACGAGAAGUUUUCUCCAGAUCUCUUAGAGAGUAAGUCUGAGCUGGUAGACUGCAUGCUAGAACAGAUUCAACAGAUGGAGAGCAAUAUCAGCCGCUGCAAGAAAGGAGACUUCCGUAUUAUUGUGCAUAAGAUGGAGAUUGACAGGAUCAGGUACAUUUUGAGCAGCUACUUGAGGAUACGAUUGGGAAAGAUUGAAAAGUAUUUCCAUAACAUUUUGAAGAAAGAAGCAGCGAGGAAGGAUGACGAACCAUCCAGGUUAUCACAGGAAGAGUUUGCCUUUGCCAAAGAGUUUGCCGAGAACACAGACAACCAUUUUAAAUCAGUUGCCCUGAGGCACAUGCCGCCUAACCUACAGGCCCUGGAGCAAGACAAAAGGGCCCCUAAGCCAAACCUAGAUGCCUAUGUAUUCCUUCGGGCCAACCAGAAGCAGGAACAAGUUCUCAUCGAGCCAGAGUUGGAGGAUGACCAAAAUGCAGAGGUCAUUGACCUGGAGGAAAGCGCACAGUACAUCAUGAGGUAUCAGCCAAUUGCAUCACUUGUGACUGGCGGAGCCGUCUCGUUAAUUUGAACAACCUGUCCGUCCACCACUCUGUUUCAAUGCAAUGUCUGCAGCCCAUGAGCUCGGAUUGUUUCCCAAGCCUGCCCGAGAUGUGCUUUAAAAGUUUGUCUCCCUCAGGUACCGGCCAGAAUUGCACUCCUCUAGAAUCUUACUUUUUGUCUCCAUCUUCCACAUCAUCUGAUUUUGAGGGUCCCUGACACUGGAGAUUCUGGUUCCAGUUUUUCUCAUUUUUGUUACAGGAACCUCAAAGUGCAUGAUACAAAGGCAGGAAUAAGAGUCUUUUUCAAAGGUUCUGGUCCUGGCUAUGAUAAAAACCACAGAAACAACCUUUUAGAAAUGCCCAUUGUGUCAUUGUUAUAUAUGCUAUUUGCAUCACCUGUUGAUGGAGGACUUUUUAAGGGCUUUGCUUUUUGAGUAUCAGGAAAUGAAUAAAAGGUAUGCUAAUGCCCAUCCUGCUGAGCACUAGCAUUGCCCUUAGCUGAUGCUGUGAAUAAGAAAGCAAAGUAACCCCCAAAAUCAUGUUACGUGUCCCUGACUGCUUUCUGUGGGGAGCCACCUGCAAUGUUUUUCUUUUAGUUUUUAACACUGGAAAAAAAGCAAAAAAUGUCAACCAACUUCCAACAUUAGACUUUCUACUGUCACUUUGCACUUAAUACAGUCAAUCGUGCAGUCUCCAUAUGUUUCAUAAAUCAAAUAUGUGCCCAUGGGUGCGGCUGUGUUGUGAUUCUUGUGAAACCUCGCUCCAAGCCUCUAAACAAACGAUCAGAACUGCUAGAAAUAUUUUCAGUUGUAUUAGCUCUUUCAUUGUUAUGUCUUUGAACUGGGGAAACAGAGAAUGUAAAACAUUGGAAAUUUAAAAAAGAAUGGUGGUCAUGUUGAAAAUAAAAACUAGAAGCCGUGCCUCCUCUUUAAAACAAAGCCUGGAUGCUAAACAUGUUUAUAUUUUUACUUGGCCAGAAACCUGUAAGAGUACUAAUAAUACAAAUUUAUGUAGCAUAUUUGUACGAAAAUUAAGGAUCGUCAUGUCCAACACUGUAUUAUUAACCUCCCAGUUGAUGGACUUGUGACCAUUUGUAAGUCUAUCCAGUAAGUGCCCAUCAGAUGAGGUCCUGUGGGUUUAAUCCAACAGAACUGCAAACUUCAAGCAGCACUGCUCUUGCCCGAGAUAAUGAAUAUUCAAACAGUGCAUGCCCAAAAGGAAGCAUAUCUAAGGUCAUUCAGGAAGAGUAAUAUGCAUGCGUGUGCUUGGUCUUAUCCUUGCCUUUUUGAAAUGCCAAGCUGGCUUAUUCCUGAGGUGAAAGACAAGCAUGGUAAAUACUGUGCAUUCUCUGCCUCUUCAAUUCUGUAAGAAUGUCAAAAAAAGUAAAACUGAAGCCAAAUCUACAUUUCCUGCUGGGAACACCUACAAAAAGUACCAAAGUGCUUCAAGCCCAUCUGCAUAAUUUUUCCAACUGAACUUUUGCCUGGCGGUAUUGUUUGAAAUUAUUUAUCUCAAAGCAAUCUUUGAAAUUGUAAAUUGUGUUCCAACUUGUACAUAGAGUACAGCAAGAGCAUUGCACAUAAAAAGUUACCGGCAUUCACAGAAAAGUUUUUCCAUACACGGAAAGCACCAUUUCCCCCUCAGCAGUACAUGUACAGUAUAUCAACCAUAUUUAACAAGGAAAACAUUGAAGUUUUCACUUAGAAACAAAAUUGUUCAGACCAGUUUCCUAGGGUUUGUGCACAUGGGCUUCAGUGAUGUCCAUGUACAUGGAACUCUUCCCACUGGGCUUGCAUUCCAAAAUGAAAUUUAUUAUCAGUUGUAGGAUUGCCAUUGAUUGUCAGUCUGUUAGAAAUGUCAAAAGUACAAGUACAUGUAUUUUAAAUGUUUAUUUUAAAGGUAGGCAAUUUAGUGUUCCAUGUUUGCCUCGUGGUUUGUGAAGGUAAUAAUAGAUAACACAGACGCCUCUUG